AUGAGGACAGCGAACGAUGUGGACGAUUUGUCUCGACUCUCCCUAUUGGACGAAGUCGUCAUUCUCAACCACUUACGAGAACGGUUUCAAAAAGGAAAGUACUAUACAUUCAUAGGAGAUGUGUUGAUCGCUCUGAACCCAAACAAGCCUUUGAAGAUCUACACCGAUGAGUACCAUCAGCAGUUCAGCAAGUCUGACGCCGAUGGAGGAAAACAGCCACACAUUUUCUGGAUAGCACAGCAGGCGUACCACAACUUCCGGGCCAAUGAGCAGGCGCAGUGUGUUCUGGUCAGCGGGGAGUCUGGUUCGGGAAAAACUGAAUCGACCAAGUUAAUCAUCAAACACAUUUCCUACAUGUGUCCUUCCGCCGAAAGCAGUCUUCAUGAACAAAUAGUUCGAAUCAAUCCGCUGCUGGAAGCUUUGGGAAAUGCGGUCACUCCCAUGAACGAUAACUCUAGCAGAUUUGGAAAACUUGUAGAACUCUUCUUUACAAAUGAUGGUCACAUGAGUGGAGGCCGGAUUCACGACUACAUGCUGGAGAAAUCGCGCGUCGUGUGCCAGGGUCCAGGGGAGAGAAACUUUCACCUGUUCUACUACAUGUUCGCAGGCCUGUCCAGGGAGAAGCUGCUCUACUACUACCUCGAGGAAGCGCACACUUACAAAAUUCUCAUGAACAGUGAUAGAGAUGGCAAGUCUCCAUGGCAACCAGAAGAUGUAGCAGUGUACAAAACCAAGUUCAAAGAGCUUAUGGAAAUCAUACGACUUAUUGGUUUCACAGACGAGGAUGUUGCCGCUAUUUUCACGCUUCUUUCCUCCAUCCUGCACGUGACAAACAUCGUGUUUCACGACGACAUUGACACAGAUGGCGUCUACGUAGUCGAUGAAUUCCCGCUGCGUAUCGCUUCUAAUCUGCUCAGGGUGGAUGUCCAGGAAUUCACAGAGGCGCUUAUUUCUAACACAGUGUUCGUCAGAGGUGAAAGGGUUCAAAGCUUGAAAAAGCGCCACCAAGCGGAAGAUGGAAGGGAUUCCCUGGCCAAGGCCAUCUACUCUCGUCUGUUCGGCUGGAUAGUUGGUCAAAUCAAUGUACACCUGCAGCCUACCCUUGACAGGUGUUCGAGUGCGACCAUUUCGAUUCUGGACAUGUCUGGGUUCGAGUGUCUGCGGAAGAACUCGUUUGAACAGCUGUGUAUCAACACUGCCAACGAGCGACUGCACCAGUUCUUCAACAGUCAGAUCUUCUCGCUGGAGCGCGCCGACUACGAGGAGGAAAACGUCCCCCUCGACCUGGUCGAGUUCAAAGACAACCACACUCUCAUUGAUUUGUUUUUCCAAAAGCCGCUUGGAUUAUUUUCCAUCAUUGACGAGGAGUCGAUGUUUCCUCGCGCAACAGACAACAGCCUCGUUCAGAAACUCAACAACGUCUGCGCAUCAAAUCAGAGUUACGUCCCCUCCCGCGGCAAUGUGACGUCAUUCACGAUAUCUCAUUAUGCUGGAGAUGUGACGUACGACGCUCGCGGGAUGCUAGAGAAGAAUCGCGACUGUCUGAGUAUGAACCUCAGCGAGUGUAUGUCGAGGAGUUCCAGCGACAUGGUGGCGCUCUUCUUCACGUGCUCACCGCCACACACUGGAUCCUUCUCCAAGAAGUUCGGCUCGAAGAGAAUCAGACCACAUCUCCAUGGACCAACAUCAGCGUUAGACAGCGGUGACUCGAGCUUGUCCAGGGCAACCGCAGAGAGACUCAGACGUCAGAGGUAA